AUGAGCUCCUACUUUGUCAACCCGCUGUACUCCAAGUACAAGGUGGCGGCGGCGGCGGCGGCGGCGGCGGCGGGGGAAGCCAUCAAUUCCCCGUACUACGACUGUCACUUCGCACCCGAGGUGAGCGGCCGACACGCCGCUGCCGCCGCCGCCGCUGCCGCCGCCGCUCUGCUCUACGGGAACGGCGGGGCCGCCGCCGGCUUCGCGCACCCCGCGCCCGGCGGGGCGGGGGGCGGCGGCGGAGCGGCCGCGGACUUUUACCACCCGGCCGGGGGGAGCCCCACGGCCGCCUACCAGCCGCCUCCUCCUCCCCCCGCCGCGCCUCCGCCUCCUGCCCCCUGCAGCGGGGUUACCUGUCACGGGGAGCCCGCUAAAUUUUACGGAUACGAUAACUUACAGAGACAGCAGAUUUUUACGACACAGCAAGAGGCCGAGCUGGUACAAUAUCCUGACUGUAAAUCGUCCAGUGCUAAUAUUGGCGAGGAACCAGACCACUUAAAUCAGAGCUCGUCUCCUGCUCAAAUGUUUCCCUGGAUGAGACCACAAGCAGCGCCGGGUAGGAGGAGAGGAAGACAAACAUACAGCCGAUUCCAGACUCUAGAGCUGGAAAAGGAGUUCCUAUUUAACCCCUAUCUGACCAGGAAGAGAAGGAUCGAGGUGUCUCACGCUCUAGGACUCACCGAGAGGCAGGUAAAGAUCUGGUUUCAGAACAGGAGGAUGAAAUGGAAAAAAGAGAACAACAAGGACAAAUUCCCCGCUUCCAGACAGGAGGGAAAGGAAGGGGAGGCCAAAAAGGAAGCACAUGAUCUGGAAGAAGACAGAGCCGAAGGCCAGACGAAUUAA